ACCAGAUUCAGUCGUUCUUUGGACAGCAGUGUCUACAGGCUGUUCUAAAGCUUUGGAUGAAGCAUUCUGCUGCUUCUGGUAGAUCUUCUAAAAUUCAAGUGAAUCUGUACGCCUCGAUCGCCGUCGUCGUCGUCGAGCGAGAGACAAAGAGCUCUGUUUCCGGUGUAGUGCGCAUGUAGCUUCGGGUCAAGUGACUCAUUUGCGCGAAUCCGUCCGCUUAGUUUUGUGUUUGACUCUAACGGGUUAGAUCUUACUUCGAUUUCAGUAGUUUUUUGAAGUCUACGAGAAAAGAGUGCUUAAAUUUCAUGGAUAAGUGAGAUCGUUUUGCAACAUCCAUUACGAUCUUCUCCCCAAGAUCGGAUGUGUGGCUUUGUGCUAAAGCAGUAUGUGAAUGGAUGAAAGUGUGAAUAAUCUUCCUAUGAGGUGUUGCGUAUAAGCAACAGUGAAAGAUAGUAGUAAGUCAUCAUAAUCAUUGGCCAUAAAGCGCAAAGCAACAACAACGAAACGAAACAAAACAAAACAAAGAAGGGGGCUUUUGAGUGAGUAACCUGAACAUCCCAGAGGGUAUAAUUUGAAAACAAAUCACUAGGCACAGAAGAAAAAGGAAAGAGAAGAAAAACCAUGUCGGAAGCAGCGAAUGAAAGCAGUAGUAGUAGUUUUACUCACAAUCUACUCGAUGACAAUAGGAAAAAUGGCGCCGUCCGGGUCCAGAUUGUCCCAUCGCAGCCGAAAACAUUGUCCCAUUUGCCGACGCGGCCAGCCGUUGAUUUGGCCUUCCACAAUCUCACCUAUCGGGUCAAGGAAGGACGUCGAAACAAUGUCAAAACGAUCCUGAAGGAGGUCAGCGGACGGCUUCGAUCUGGCGAAUUGACGGCCAUCAUGGGACCUUCGGGUGCCGGUAAAAGUACCCUGCUCAACAUCCUGACUGGUUACAAGACUACCAACAUCGAGGGGUCGAUCACGAUGAACGGCAAGGAGCGCAAUCUGAGUCAGUUCCGGAAGUUGUCCGCCUACAUCAUGCAGGACAAUCAGCUCCAUGCCAAUCUAACGGUCGAGGAAGCGAUGCACGUGGCCGCCAGCCUUAAACUCAGCCAGAAGGUGGAGAAGAGCGAAAAACAGCACGUGAUCAAAGAGAUCCUGGAAACGCUCGGCCUGGAAGAGCACCGACCAACGUUGACGAGGAACCUGUCCGGUGGCCAGCAGAAGCGUCUUUCGAUUGCUCUGGAGCUGGUGAGCAAUCCGCCGAUUAUGUUUUUCGACGAACCCACUUCCGGUCUGGACAGUUCGACCUGCUUCCAGUGCGUGAGUUUGCUAAAGUUCCUGGCCCGUGGUGGACGAACGAUCAUCUGUACUAUCCAUCAACCGUCCGCCCGUUUGUUCGAAAUGUUCGAUCAGCUGUAUACUCUGGCCGAUGGCCAGUGCGUCUAUCAGGGUAACACAAAGCAGUUGGUUCCAUUUUUGGGAACUCUCGAUCUGGAGUGUCCAUCCUACCAUAAUCCGGCCAGCUAUAUCAUUGAAGUAGCCUGCGGUGAGCACGGAGAUCACACGCGCAAGCUCGUGAAUGCGAUCGAUAACGGAAAGCGGGACAUCCGGGGCGAAUUGGACUUCCCCGCCCUGAAGAACAAGAAAAAUGAAAACGGAAAUGCUAACGCCAAUCUGAAGUCCAACUAUGACAAAUUGAACGGCAACAGCAACAAGUAUGCGGACAAUUUGAACCUUAGCGGAAAUGGACUGCUUCCGUCGUCGAUGGUCAACGAUAUUGCCAAGGAAACGACAACUGAAACUAUCAAAAUUACGAUGGAACCGGAAAAGGAACCGGAAGUUAACACAGCUCUGCUGCCUAUUGAUGGCCAGCUGGAUGCUGGACUUUCUCCGGAACGGUACCCGACCUCGGAAUUCCACCAAUUUUGGGUAGUGCUCAAACGGACGCUUCUUUUCAGCCGGCGAGAUUGGACCCUUAUGUACCUUCGUCUGUUUGCUCACAUUCUGGUUGGUUUUCUGAUCGGAGCGCUGUACUACGAUAUUGGUAACGAUGGCGGAAAAGUAUUGAGUAACUUGGGUUUCCUGUUCUUCAAUAUGCUGUUUCUGAUGUACACUUCGAUGACUAUUACCAUUCUAUCAUUCCCACUCGAAAUGCCUGUUUUGCUAAAGGAAAAUUUCAAUCGAUGGUAUUCGUUGAGGUCCUACUAUUUAGCGAUUACGGUUUCCGACAUUCCAUUCCAGGCCAUAUUCUGCGUGUUCUACGUGUCGAUCGUUUACUACUUCACAUCCCAACCGAUGGAAUGGUUCCGAUUUGCCAUGUUCCUCGGAUCGUGCCUGCUGAUUUCCUUCGUGGCCCAAAGCGUUGGAUUGGUCGUCGGUGCAGCCAUGAACGUCCAGAAUGGUGUCUUCCUGGCUCCGGUCAUGUCCGUGCCAUUCCUGCUGUUCUCCGGCUUCUUCGUUUCGUUCGAUGCCAUUCCGAUCUACCUACGGUGGAUCACGUAUCUGUCCUACAUCCGGUACGGUUUCGAGGGAACUGCCCUGGCCACCUACUCGUUCGGUCGCGAAAAGCUCAAGUGCUACCAGGUGUACUGUCACUUUAAGUUGCCUUCGACGACUUUGGAAGAACUGGACAUGAAGGAUGCCAACUUCACUCUGGACAUUGUGGCGCUGAUCAUUAUCUUUGUUGUGCUGAGAGUUUCCGCUUUCCUGUUCCUGCGAUGGAAACUGAAGACCACCAGAUAAUUCAUGAUUUCCAUUUUACAUAAUAUUUUUUCUUUAAUUUUAUUAGAUGUGUAAUUUACACAUAGGCACAAAUACAGUAAAAUGUCAUGGGAGCAGGUGAUAGGAAACCGAUAUCACCAAAAUGUCACAAAUUGGCGUAACUUCUGUUCUGUAGUAGAAGAUAGCUACAUUCAUAGACAGCAAUAGCUAGUUAGAUAAGUAAUAUGCACUGCAGGACACACACACAAAUAAAAGCAUUCUUGAAGAAGUUUUCCUAAUAGGCUGUGCUUAGAGGAAAUGUUGUCAAAAAUGAAUUGAUAUCAAUGAAAACAAUCAUAUAAGUAAUUUAAUUAUCUAAAUUAUAUCACUCUCGUUAUACUGGAAUUCUUCUUCGGUGAAUUAACAUUUUUUUCUUCUUCACAAUGGGACAAAGGAUUUCUGAUACAUUUAUUAAAGUUAAAAGUAACAAAUCGAUUUUAAAAGAAAAGAUUUUUUCGAAAAGUGUUUAUAUGGUACAAUGUAAUCAUAGUUUUCAAAAAAAAAAGAAAGGAAAAGAAAUCAGCAAUCGAAAUGUGAUAGAUUUAUAGGCAAAAAACAAAUGGAAUUUAACAAAACGUAUGGUGAUAUUAUUAAA